AUGAUUAAAAAUAAUAUUCGGCCAAGAGCUUCAAGUGAAAGGCUAGACAGAUUAGCUGCUUUGGAGAAUUAAACAAGUCUUGAAUGGAUUAUGAAAAACUCUUAAAUGCUAGAAAUGAAAUCGAACAUCAGAAUGAUUCCUAAGGACACAUUGUCCCUUAAUAUUCAUGUUCCAGAGCAUGAAGGAGUGGCAACGAUUUGGGCAGAUAAGUGGUUUGGACAAAAGAAGAUUUCACAGUUUAGAGGCUUAUUGAUUUAUGAUGAUCAAUUUUGCCUUGUUUUAAAUGAUUGUUUUAUCGAAAAGAAAAGAUAUUAAUCGUCCCAUUUUAGAGCAUAUUUCUUAAAGCUUAUUAAUCAAACUGGAUAGUUAGUAUUAAUAUUCUCUCAUCCACUAUCUCUCAAAUAAUGGAAUAACUGCAUAAAGAAAUUUUGCAAGAGAAAUAAUUUCAAUAAAAAAUUUAAAGUAGUAGAAUUGAUAUGUUAAAACUUUUAUCAAAUACAGCACAAAAAGCAAAAGAAGUUAAUGUCUUCACAGGUGAUUAAUUUAGCUAGCAUUUAAAAUUAUGACUAAGCAGAGUUACUUGACAAUUAUUUAAAAAUAUUAAGAAAUUCUUCUAUAAAUAAUUAUAUUGAAACACUAGGCGUUUUUGAAGAAAAACAAAUGCUAUUUAUAGUUUGCAAAUAUUUUAAAGGUAAUUCACUUGAUUAAUUUUAUAAUUAAUCUAAAAAAUAAUAUUUAACUUAAAAUCAAAUAGCCACAAUCUGUAUAUCAAUUCUGCUUGCCCUGAAGUCUUUAUCAGAAGAAGAAUUGUUUCAUGGUAAAAUCUCUUUUGAAAACAUCCUUUAUUAUAGUAAUUUGAAAAUUUAAUUUGGAACCUAUUUGAUUAAUUCGCAUUAUAAAUUUUAUGACUAAAGUACACUUUUCAAGUACCUCUAAUCUACUCCAGGAUAUUUAAUAGCCCCUGAAAUCAAACAAGGAAUAAAUCCAUCAAUAUAAACGGAUAUUUAUUAAUUAGGAAUGGUUUUAGGCUUAAUCACAUUUUUCAAUUUUACAAAAGCAUUCAACUAAGAUUAUUUUUUAGAGCAGUCAACUUCUUUAAUGUAACUAAUUGUAUAAUAAGAGAAAUUAAUAAUAAAAUAGAAAGAGUCUUAUGAUUAUCCAUAAUUAUUUAGUAUUAAUCAAUUGGAUUUGAUCAAACAAAUGAUUUAACCAAAUCCUAACCUUAGAAUAAGUCUCAAUGAUGCUUUGAAACAUGUUUGGUUAAUAAACAACAAAGAGAAGAAAGUCUAGAAAUUAAUACCUAAUCAAAUUGCAUUUCCAAGUUUACGAACAAUAAUUGAAAUAAAGGAUAGCGAGUGUGAUAUUAAGAAAACUAUCAACAAUUUUUCAGAUGAAAAUAGCUCCUAUGUAAAAUAAUUGUAAGAUCCAAAUUCUCUUUUUGAGCAGAUAAAGUAUAAUUAAUAAGUCAAUUCAGAGACUUUUGUAGAUUCAAAUGAUGAUGAUGAGAAUUUGUUGAAUGACAAAAUUGAAAAGUUGAAUUAGUAAAAUAAUUUGGUUCCAUCCUUUAAAGAACAUUGUUGCAUGUAUCAAUCAAGAUGCAUUUGA